AUGCUGCUGCGCGUGCGACCAGAGGGCGUUGCUGUCUGCAGACGCGCAUGCCCACACCCACCACCGCGCGCCGCCCUGCUCCUGUCGCAGGCGGCCGCCUCAGCGCAACCGCACGGCCUGCAUGGUCCGAAUAGCUCGUCGCCCUACCCGGCUCUCGUCCGCCCACAGCUGCGUGUCCUUCGCACCUCGACCCAUACCAAGGACGCCCCCUCGCAGCCUCGAAGCGCCACAGCCUACCCACAGCUAACACGUCUGUCCCUCGACUGGAGCUCCCUCGCCCACCGCACACGACACAUUGCCGCUGCCAUGCCGGCCCAGACACAGAGCCGUGGACACGCUGGCCACUCGCACCACCACCACCACCACCACCACCACCACCACCACGACAACACCUUCCUGCUGUCCAAGAACAAGAACGAUGCCGGCGUCCGCAUCACCCGCAUCGGCCUGUACGUCAAUCUGGGCAUGGCCGUGAGCAAGGGCGUAGGUGGCUACGUCUUCAACAGCCAGGCGCUCACCGCCGAUGCCAUCCACAGCCUGACCGAUCUCGUCAGCGACGUCAUGACGCUGGCCACCGUCGGCUGGUCCCUGAAGCCCCCCUCGCAGCGAUUCCCCACCGGCUACGGCAAGGUGGAGAGCCUGGGUUCGCUGGGCGUCAGCGGGAUCCUGCUGGCCGGGGGCUUCAUGAUGGGCUGGUCCGCCCUGAUCACCAUCAUGCACCAGUUCUUCCCCGACUUUGCCGACACGGUGGCCCAUCUGGGCCUGCUGGCACACAGCCACCACCACCACGGCGUCGACGAUCUGGGCCCCAACAUCAACGCCGCAUGGCUGGCUGCAGGCUCCAUCCUGAUCAAAGAGUGGCUGUACCGCGCGACCCUCAAGGUCGCCAACGAGCGGAAAUCCACUGUCCUCGCCUCAAACGCCUACCACCACCGCGUCGACUCGCUCACGGCCUUUGUUGCGCUCCUCCUGAUCGCCGGCUCCAACGUUCUCAGCAACGCCUCAUGGCUCGACCCCGUCGGCGGCUUGGUCAUCUCCCUCAUGGUGGUCCAGGCCGGGUGGGGCAACACAAGGUCUGCGCUUCUCGAGCUGGCCGACGUCGGCGUCGAGGACGAGAUGAGAGAGGACGUCACCAAAGCAGCCACCCAAGCACUGCAAGCCGUCAACACGGCGACGGACAAGGUCGAGCUUCGCGCUGUCCAGGGCGUGAAAGCUGGCCAGAACUACUUGAUGGACGUCGAGGUGGGCGUGCCCGGCUCGUGGACCGUCGACCAGACACGCGCUGUCGAGGACAUGCUUCGCGAGCAGGUGGGCGCCAAGGUGCGGGGGGUCAAGAAGGUCCGCGUGCGCUUCGUCACGAACAGCACAGGCGAGCCCGACUUUCUCGACGAGUUCAUCACCGGCGACGUCACAGGCACGCCGACCCCCGAGUCGGAGCAUGAGCACGACCACGACCACGACCACGACCACGACCACGACCACGACCACGACCACGACCACGACCACGGCCAGAGCACCGACGCAGCGCGGAGGAGGAAAAAGUGA